AUGUGGCUCCUCUCGCGCGCCCGGGCCGCCGUCCCGAGGCCGGGCCGGGCCGCGGCGGGGCGGCGGGGGGCGGCGGGCGGCCCGCCGGCCCCCCGGCCCCGCCGGGAUUUCGCCGCCAGGCUGGCCGCCGGCCCCACGUUCGAGGAUUUCCUGAGCGGCGUCCGGAAGCCCCCGGGACCGCCCGCCCCGUCGGCCGACCCGCCCCCCUACCUCGCCUCCGACGCCCUCCGGGAGGAGAGGCGGAAAGUCUACCUGGAGACGUACGGCUGUCAGAUGAACGUCAACGAUACCGAGAUCGCCUGGUCCAUCCUGCAGCAGAGCGGCUACCUCAGAACCGGGGACGUCCAGGAGGCCGACGUGAUUCUUCUGGUCACGUGCUCCGUCAGGGAGAAGGCGGAGCAGGCCAUCUGGAACCGCCUGCGGCAGCUGAGGCCCCUGAAGGAGAAGCGGAGGCGAUCCGAAGUCCCCGUCCGCGUCGGCGUCUUAGGCUGCAUGGCGGAGCGUCUGAAGUCCGAGGUGCUCCGGCGGGAGAGGACGGUGGACGUGCUGGCGGGGCCGGACGCCUACCGGGACCUCCCGCGCCUCCUGGCCGUGGCCGACUCGGGCCGCCGGGCCGCCAACGUCCUGCUGGCCCGCGACGAGACCUACGCCGACGUCACGCCCGCCCCGCCGCCCCCCGGCUCCACCUCCGCCUUCGUGUCGAUCAUGCGCGGCUGCGAUAACCUGUGCAGCUACUGCAUCGUGCCCUUCACGCGAGGCCGGGAGCGAAGCCGGCCCGUGGCCUCCAUCCUGGAGGAGGUGAAGAGGCUGUCCGGACAGGGCCUGAAGGAAGUGACCCUCCUGGGGCAGAACGUGAACAGCUUCCGCGACGCGUCCGAGGCCCGGUUCUCGGGGGCGGCCGCCCCGGGCCUGAGCCGCGGCUUCCGGGCCAACGCCAGGGCCCGGCCGGGCGGCCUGAGCUUCGCCCACCUCCUGGACCGCGUGGCCGACGUCGACCCGGACAUGAGGAUCCGCUUCACGUCCCCGCACCCCAAAGACUUCCCGGACGAGGUGCUGCAGGUGAUCCGGGAGCGACACAACGUCUGCAAGCAGAUCCACCUCCCGGCUCAGAGCGGAAGCAGCGCCGUCCUGGAGGCCAUGAGGAGGGGUUACACGAGAGAAGCCUACCUGGAGCUGGUCCGGCACAUCCGAGCCACCGUUCCAGGGGUCAGCCUGAGCAGCGACUUCAUCGCCGGCUUCUGCGGGGAGAGCGAGGACGACCACCGGCAGACCGUGUCGUUGCUGCGGGAGGUGGGCUACAACGCCGCCUUCCUCUUCGCCUACAGCAUGCGGCAGAAGACCCGGGCCCACCACCGGCUGCGGGACGACGUCCCGGCCGAGGAGAAGCGGCGGCGGCUGGAGGAGCUGAUCGGCGUCUUCCGCCGGGAGGCCGCCGCGGCCAACCGGGCCUUCGAGGGCCGCGCCCAGCUGGUGCUGGUGGAGGGGACCAGCAAGCGCUCGGCGUCGGAGCUGUGCGGCCGGAACGACGGCAAUCUCCGGGUGGUCUUCCCGGACACGGAGAUGGAGGACGGGACCGUCGGCGGGGGCCUGGUCCGGGCCCAGCCGGGGGACUACGUGCUGGUCCAGAUCACGGCCUCCGGCUCCCAGACCCUGCGGGGCCUCCCCCUGCGGCGGACCACCCUGCGCGACGCCCGGGUCCCGGCGGAGGAAGGGGGAGGGGGCGGCCCCGCCGCCCCACUCCCGCCGCCAUCUUAAGCGGGAAACGGACGCCGAGCGGAGGGAACGCCCCGGAACAGCGACGAGGAGGCAACGGAGGCCCGGAGAAGGGAAACGACAGGCG